AUGGAGAUGGAAUAUACAUUUAUUGAGAAGAGCAGUAAAAGCCUAAAGAAUCCAUUUACCCCUGAAGAAGAUCGCAGACUUAGCGAUCUUGUUAAGUUCUUUCCACGAAAAAGGGAUAUAAACUGGAAUUAUAUAGCACAGCAGAUGCAUUCAAGAAACCCCAGACAGUGCAAAGAUCGUUGGACAAACUACCUUGACAGUAGAAUCAACAAAAAAGAAUUUACGCCAGAAGAAAAUCAUUUUCUACUUGUUAAAGUCGAAGAAAUUGGAAAGAAAUGGAGGAAGAUUGCUUCAUUAAUGCACAAUAGAACAGAUGUAAGUUUAAAGUCUCAAUAUCGAAAAUUAAUGCGGAGGCAUGCAUCUAGAGAAAAUGUUUAUAAUCUAUGCAUGGAAGCAUAUUCAACAAGAAGAAAGAAACGUCCUACAAAUAAUACGAAAAAAGAAGAUCAAUUGCUUGAUUUAUCAAUUCCUGAUUCCAAUGAAUUCCAAAUCAAUUUCGAUGAUUUAAACUCACUUAGCUACGAGUCGAUGGAACUAGACUUUUAA